CUUAUCACUGCCCGGUUCCAGCAUACACAGACUGAGGGGGGACAUCAUGUGCUCGUUGGAAGGGAGGGUGUGCUCACGAGGUGCGAGGACGAGCCGAUACGCGUACCGGGUGCGGUACAGGGGUUUGGAGUGCUAGUUGCUGUGGCGGAGGAUGAGGGGUCGGGGAACCUUGUUGUGCGGCAGGUUUCUGAGAACGCGCUAGAGCUCCUGGGUCUCUCUCCCGAGUACCUCUUCUCCCUCACAUGUUUUACCCAGACCCUUCCACCCUCACAAGCCGAUAUCCUCUGGGACAACGUACAGUACCUCUAUGAGCUAGAUACCGAUGUCGACGGUUCGGAGGGGCAAGACUCGCCCCAGGUGUUCCUCCUCUCCGGCUGGGGUCAACCGGGCUCCGCAUUCCCGGAAAUGGAGGACCCCCGCGACCCGCACCAGAGGAGAGAAUGGACCUGCUGGUGCGCAACACACCGACCUCCUGGGAAAGAACAAUCUGGGAGGAGCUCGAGUAACAGCGGGCGGGGCCAGGGUGUGCUCAUACUCGAGUUUGAGCUGGAGCGGGAUAUGUUCAACCCCCUUUAUCCGCCUGCAUCGGAACAGUUUGCGCCGGGGGAGAGUCCUUCUGCGAUGCGCGCGAGCGGGGGUACGUCUGGGAGCACUACGGCGAGUGGAGCCCGGAGUGGGGCAACAAAGAGGGCGCUUCAAGACGGAGCACGGUCCCCUCCCGACGUUGGGGAGGGGACCACAGUAUUACGAACUGGUGCCGAGGAUCUCCCGGAAGAGUAUCGUCCUACCCCGGAAGAUGUGCUCGAGAGUACGACAAACCAUGCUAAGCCUCUUAAGGCGCUCGAGCGGAUGCGGAGGGUGAACCGGCAAGUGGUGGCUCGCGCUACUACCGCGCCGCUGAGCACCAUCGGUGCCCGGACGGCGGAUGGCGGCAGUCGACGUACAAGGGUACACGGUGCCUCCUCUGGCGUAAGCACGAUGGACGUUUUCGCCCUACUUUCGCAAGUGGACGACCAAUGGGGCCGCGCGCCCGACCUCGAGAGUUUCCUCAAGAUCGUCGUGGGCAUCAUCAAGGACCUGACACAGUUCCACCGCGUGCUCGUAUACCAAUUUGACGAGAACUGGAAUGGCCAAGUCGUUGCUGAGCUGGUAGAUUGGAACCAGACGCACGAGCUGUUCAAGGGGCUGCAUUUUCCGGCUAGUGAUAUACCCGCUCAGGCCAGGCAGUUGUACGCCAUCAAUAAGGUUCGGCUACUGUAUGACCGCUCGCAGAUGACCGCACGCCUCGUAGCGCGCAGCAGGGCAGACCUGGAUACACCUCUGGACAUGACGCAUUCCUACCUGCGUGCUAUGAGCCCGAUACAUAUCAAGUACCUCUCGAAUAUGGGCGUGCGCGCGUCCAUGUCUAUCUCUAUUAUGGCAUUCGGCCAACUGUGGGGGCUCAUCGCGUGCCAUUCUUAUGGCCUGCACGGGAUGCGCGUCUCUUUCCCUGUUAGGCAGAUGCUUCGUCUCAUGAGCGACUCCAUCUCGCGGAAUAUUGAGCGCCUGUCCUACGCUCAGCGACUGCAUACAAGAAAACUUAUCAGCACUCUUCCGACCGAUCAGCAUCCAACGGGGUACAUCGUUUCCAACGCCGAGGACCUGCUGAGCCUGUUCGACGCAGACUUUGGCAUCCUCGUCAUUGGCGAAGGGGCCAAGAUCCUAGGGCCGAAUCAUGGUGGCCAGGAAGUGCUCAUCGUCGCUGAGUACCUCAGGUUAAAGCAGUUCAACAUCAUGCAAGUUUCGCAAGCGGUGACGAAGGACUUCCCUGACCUCAGCCUCCCCUCCGGUCUGGAUAUUGUCGCUGGGUUAUUGUACAUCCCCCUUUCGAGCGGAGGACGGGACUUUAUCGCUUUCCUCCGCAAGGGACAGCUGAAGGAAGUCCACUGGGCUGGAAAACCGUUCAAAGAGCCAGGCGCCGGUGACCUCGAACCCCGGAAAUCGUUCAAAACGUGGUCCGAGACGAUCGCUGGCCGCUGUAGGGCCUGGACGGACGAACAGCUCGAGACUGCUGGAGUGCUCGCGCUUGUUUAUGGAAAGUUUAUAGAGGUGUGGAGGCAGAAGGAGACAGCGAUCAAGACGACUCAACUUACGAAUCUUCUAUUGUCCAACGCGAGUCAUGAGGUCAGGACGCCGUUGAAUCAUAUUAUCAACUACCUCGAACUCGCGUUGAACGGACAGCUUGAUAGCGAGACCCGGGAAAAUCUCAAGCUUACGCAUACUGCUUCCAAGAGCUUGUUGUUCACCAUUAACGAUCUCCUGGACCUGACACGGUUGGAGAGCGGUAACGAAACGUCUUUCAGUGAGCCGUUUGAUCUUCCUCUCGUCAUCCAGGAGGCCGUCCAGCUUUACAGGAUCGAGGCUGAGAGGCGCAAGCUCCAGUUUACGAUCGACACGUCAGAGAGCCCAAAAAUCGUAGUCGGCGAUGCUCGCAAGAUCCGUACUGUGGUUGCUAACCUCACCGCUAACGCUGUCAAGUACACUUCGGAAGGGAUGAUCACCGUUGAAUCGCGCGUAUUUCAGGAACCUGCUGGACUGCGCGAUAAGCGCCAGGUUGCUGUAGAGAUCGUUGUUGGAGACACGGGCUGCGGCAUCGAAGCCAGCAAGCUGGAGAGCAUAUUUCGCGAGUUUGAGCAGGUCGAGUCGUCUACUUCCAGGCCUGGAGAACGAAAUGGCCUGGGCCUGGGCCUCGCCGUCGUUGCCCGCAUCGUGGAGCAGCUUGGUGGUCAGUUGCGCGUGGAUUCGAAGGUCGGACAAGGAUCGCGGUUUUCUUUCCUCAUACCUUUCGCCCUGCCUUCGUCGGACUCCUCGGCGGGCUCGUACUCGGACUACACAUCACGAUCGGUGUCUCCCGCUGGCUCUGGCCCUCCAAGUUCAAGGGGUUCGAAGGGCAGCGCUAUUGAUAAUCUUGUCGAAGCACUUCAAUCGGACCCUCUUCAUCCGCAGGGGCGCACAAAACAAACCGGCCAAACUGGCCAGCCAGGUUACUUUGAUGUCGGCGGAUCUCGAUAUCCUGUGCGAAGCAUCAAGAUGGAUGAAUUCGACCUUGACAAGAGCGUACGAGAGCCGAGAACUGUCGAGCUUCCGGAAUCAUCUACGGCCGGCCCUUCUGCCCCCAGGAGAUCUGUUGAUUUGAAGGAGUCACCCACUGCUGGUCCUGCUAAGCUGAGAAUCCUUAUCGUUGAGGAUGAUCCGAUCAACCGUAUGAUCCUUCACAAGCGCCUUGUUACCGAUGGACACGCAGUGGUUAACACGACCAACGGGCAGGAAAGCGUUGAGAAAAUCAAAUCCGAUCGAGAUUUUGACUGUAUCCUCAUGGAUAUUCAGAUGCCCAUCUUGAAUGGUUUCGAAGCAUCAGAAAAAAUACGGGAGUUCGAGAGGGGCAACCCACCGGUCCAGGAUGCCGUCCGACCGUCGGUCGCUAUCAACGGUCGCAUUCCCAUCUUCGCAGUGUCCGCCUCACUCGUUGAGGGUGCGAGAGAAGCGAUGUAUGAUCGCGGGAUGGAUGGCUGGAUUCUAAAGCCGAUUGAUUUUAGAAGACUUGGUGCUCUCCUGAGAGGCAUCACAGACAACGUUCAACGGGGUAAUGACGUUUACAAGCCAGGGCAGUGGGAAGCAGGUGGUUGGCUUCAGUUGCCAAGAGGGUUAAGCUCUCCAUUGCCCGAGGUGUCCGCCACCCAGAACGAUACGAGAAGGACAAAGGAGUAAUUGCGGUAAAAUCCGAGCUGUGGGAUGCUGGACCAUUAUGGGCACCUGUACUCACGACUUAUUUCUU